AGAUAAAUGGCUCCAACAUUGGCAGAAGCCGAAAAGUUCCUGAGAAAUUCGAAGAUUGACAAAAUUGUGCUGGAGAAACUGGCGGAGAUCUUGGUCACAACGAUGGAUGAUUGGAACCUAAUUGCCGAUCAGAAAGUGGCCGAAUCAGUUUGGGUGGUCUUGACGGAAGCUGGCAGAAGUGGCAAUCUCAGCGAAAAUCUUGGAGAUGGUGACGUGGCGAAGCAACUUAAAAGUGUUUUUGAGAAAAUCCGUCUUCGCCUCCAAGCCCAGCUCGGAACAAUUCAAUGGAAAAACGAUGAACUAGUAGAUUAUGACGUCACGAUAUCCAAAAACAAUAAGUCUUCUCUGCACGCGGACCACACAUUUCAACGAGUAGUACUGACACUUAAAGUGAUUCCAGCUGGAAAAAUGGAUGUUGAGGCUCUUGUCGUUGACUUUGAUGAGGCCCAACUCAACGAUUUUAUCUGGAAGCUUCUAGAGGCAAAAGCAAUGAUGGAUAGGAUUCAGAAACGAGUCGAAAGUCGAUGAUGAUUGGCGCCUUUUCUCCCCUACUUCUCAAUUUUAUUUUAUUAUAUGAUCAUGAAAAUUGUAUUGUAAAUAAAUGUAAAUAUGCCAGAA